AUGUCAAAACAGGACGACGAUAUGUACUUGCCGGAGUACGAGGGAGAUAUUAGUUUCUUCCCUGAUACUGACUUAGAGACGGAUUCGGCCAAUAUUGACGCUCCGAUAGAAGAGAUUCUCAAGACUAGUACUGAUGAGUUACAAGAUCCACCAGAUUGGACGCAAUUCGAAUGGCCACAACCUGACGAAUCAUCUCCUUGGGCCGAAUCAUCCGAUUCCAUACCCUUUUUCUCUGCAUCGAACGCACAAGUACAACAAGUACCACCACAAAAAUCGCGCAACAGUCGAGACCAUCCGACACGAAUGACACGACGAGUGAAAGAGAAGAAAGCAUUAUCCUUUGACGAUUUCUCCAGGGUGAUGUAUGAUUACCUCUCUCAGAAACAAAUGCAAGAAGAUGAUGAUUUGUCUUAUUGCACUCAAGAGCACACACAAGCAAAGGAGAACUAUCACCGAGUGAUUGAACCUACAAGAGAAGGAGCGGGGAAUGAUUCAAUAGAAGUUGCAGGUUCUCCAAAAGUGAAAGAUGACGAAAAUUCAAUAGAAGUGAUCGAGAGCGUUGAGGAGGACAGUGACGCCACUAUUGUGGUUUCCACUUCCGAUAAUGAAGAACCUCCAAUAAUAGAGGAUUGGCAGGUUGGAAGCUCGACGAGGACAGGCCCGUCUGGUAGACGUACUACAUAUUCGGAAUAUACGCACAAGAAGAAAGCAAGUACACAAAAACGCCGAACUUGGAGGUCGUAA